AUGAGCCAGCACUGUGACCUUGUGGCCAAUAAGGCCAAUGCUAAAUCACUGGAGGAGGUCCAUGGAAAAGUAAAACAAAUAGAACAUGAUCAGAAGCUGCAAUAUAUCUCCAGGACUGAAGUACGCCAAGCUGAUAAUAUGAAAGAGGAAAAGAAGAUAGUACAUCAUUUGUUGUACCCAGACUCAGCUCUGUUCAAACGCUGGGGUGCAGAUUUAAGUGAAGAAGAGCAAACUGUUGCACAGGAGCUGUUCUUAAAAUAUGGGUAUAAUGUAUAUAUCAGUGAUCACCUGCCUCUGGACCGACCUAUCACAGAUACCAGAUCUCCCAGCUGUAAAAAGAAGACAUAUCCCAAAGACCUUCCAACAAUUAGUGUUGUACUUAUAUUUAUGAAUGAAGCACUGUCAAUCAUCUUACGUGCAAUUACUAGUAUAAUUAAUCGAACACCUGCUCAUUUAUUGAAAGAAAUCAUCCUGGUAGAUGAUUACAGUUCAAAUGAUGACCUGAAAGGACCUUUGGAAACACAGAUAAAAAGUUACAAUGCAAAACAUCCUGGACUACUGAAAAUUGUCAGACAUAAGAAAAGACAAGGACUAACACAAGCCCGGAUUUCUGGCUGGGAGGCAUCAACGGCAGAUGUCGUUGCAAUUUUGGAUGCCCAUAUUGAAGUGAACAUGGCUUGGGCUGAACCUAUUUUGUCUCGAAUAAAAGAAGAUCACACUGUUAUAAUAUCACCGGUAUUUGACAAUAUCCGUUUUGAUGACUUUGAGCUUCUUCAGUAUUCAGUGGCUGCAGAUGGAUUUGACUGGGCACUCUGGUGCCUUUAUGAACCUUUACCAGAUGAAUGGUAUGCUCUUAAAGAUGAAACAGCUCCAGUCCGGAGCCCAUCUAUAAUGGGGAUUCUUGCUGCAGAUAGAAAAUUUCUGGGUGAGAUUGGUGUACUGGAUGGUGGAAUGCAUAUAUAUGGAGGAGAAAAUGUUGAACUUGGCCUGAGGGCCUGGCAGUGUGGAGGUAAAAUAGAAGUACUGCCCUGUUCGAGAAUUGCUCAUUUGGAAAGAGCUCACAAGCCUUACUUGCCGGACUUGAGUAUUGCAGUGAAACGCAAUGCCUUGCGAGUAGCGGAAGUAUGGAUGGAUGACUACAAGUACAUGGUCUACUUUGCAUGGAAUCUUCCAAUUGAGAAUUCUGGAAUAGACUAUGGAGAUGUUUCUUCCAGAAAAGAGCUAAGGAAAAAAAUGAACUGUAAAGGCUUUGACUGGUACAUAAAAAAUGUUUACCCUAAUUUAAGAUUUCUUCCCAACAUUGUUGGCUAUGGAACAAUGAAAAACACAUUGAAAGAAGACCUCUGCAUUGAUCAAGGUCCGGUCCCUGGAAACACACCAAUUAUAUAUCCCUGUCAUGCAUACUCACCACAGCAUGUGUUUUAUCACAGCACAGGAGAAAUGUUCAUAGGAGGUUUACGUGCCCGACUAAAUGCAGUUGAUCGAUGUGUAACAGACCCUGGGAGAGGGGACCUGCCAAUUUUAGAGCAAUGUGACAUAGCUGUGAGUAAAGGCCUGAAUUUGCACUGGGAUUUUAAGCAGGGAUCAGCUGUAAUCAAUAGAAACACUAAAAGAUGCCUUGAAAUCACAGCAGACAGUACAGGUACAUACAGACUUGUAAUGCAGACCUGCACAGGACAAAGGUGGAAUAUUCAACACACAGUAAAGGACUGGGGAAAAGACCAAAGAUCUGGAACACAGGAUACAGCAGUGAAAGUGUUUAAUUGAGGAUCUUUUUCUUUGAAAACUGCUGUGUUCGUAACACAGCACUGAAAGCAGUGAACUGAAGAGUUACAUAGCAAGGGUUUUAACAAUGUGUUACUUAAUACAAUAGCUGUCAUCUACUAAUGCAAAGGUACACAUUAAUCUCUCUGUGUUCUUGGCAUCCCUUGCCACGUGCCCUUGCCAAUCCCACUCCUAACCAUGAGUUUCUUUGGUUAGGAGUGGAAUUGUCUUUGCUCUGUUUCGUCAUCACUGGAGAGAAGCAGUUACUCCUAAAAGUGUUUCAGCCCACUUGAGUUAUUGAUGAUGUCAUUUGGAAGUGCUUACCUCUUCUCAUUAAUAACAGAGCAGGUUGCAAUGCCUCUCACUUUGUAACUUAUGAAUAUUCAGAAACAACAAAUAUGGGUCUAAGGCUUCUUGCUUAAACACAGCUUAUGAGUUUAUCUUAGGCUGAAUUGGAUAAUUUUUCUUGGAUGAUACAGAUAAUGCAAUACUUCUUGUCAUUAUGUGUUCAUGCUAGUGGGUGAAAUGAAGUGCAUUUUCUUUCUGUAUAAUUUACCUGGACAUGAAUCAGUUUCUCAGUAAAGUUUAUUAGAUUCAGCAGUGUGCUACACUAAGGCUAUUUUAUUAAUACCUUCAUGAAUCUGAUUUGUGUGAGCCAGCUAAGAGUGUUUAUUAAGAGAGAUUUAAUUCAGUAGUUUCUGCAAACUAAUAUCAGGCCAGUGCAGUAGUGUAUGCCUAUUGAAGAAACCAUGUAAAAUACAGUCAGAGUUGCUAAUGAGAGGCAAACUCCAGGUAGACUCAAUAUGAAUUCCUCUUCUCUAGUAUAGAAAUAGAGGUAGGAGGAACUAGCUGUCUUACUUCUUAGAGUAACCACUCCUAGGACCUACGCUUAUUUGUUAAAGGGAACUCCUGCAAAACAAACUUACUGAAAAUAUACAGUUUCAGCCUGAAGUAAUUUCAUUAUCAAAAAAGUGCCAAGCACUUUAUUUGAUUAGAAAAUGUGUUCAGAGUUUGUUUGAAUAUAAUCUCAUGAACUGAUAUGACUUCCAUUUUGUUUUCUGAUUUCUCUGUAAACUUGGUGUGAACCAUCUAUCCCUGAUAUUCAGGUCUGGAAUUGGACAAACUCUUCUUAAAAGAAAAUCUUUUUUUUUUUUUUUUUUUUUGUUCCCUGGAAAUUGAUUUUUAGAAGUGCUACAUUUUAUCCAGAUUGGAUUAUUCCCAUGUUUUGUGUCAAAGCCAGACACCAAAGAAAAUGUUUUAUAUGUGCUCUGCUGGUUUUCUGCAUCUUCAACAGUGUGUCUGACCAAAGCCAAAGGAUUUAGCAAUUUGGAAAGCACAGUGAAGAUUGUGGAAAUUUUGCCAGCACUACUGAGAAUAUAAUCUGUUUUGCUGCUGCUGGUGAUGGUAAAUAAAAAGUGUUCACUUAACCAUUUCUUCAUCUUUAAUACAACCAAAAUGUAAUAGGCAUUUGAACAAGUCUGUUUUGAAAUUAGAGUUUGGAAAACAUCAAAAUAUUCCAGAAAGUCUGGAUAUUCUGUUUCUUGAUGUAUGGCCAACAGUUAUACACAAGGAUCAACAA